GCAAGAAGGAUGUGGCUGCAGAAAGUGUUGGUGCCUCUCCUCAGACUGUAUCUAUGCGGAAUUAAAGUCCUUCUGUAUCAGAUGUUCAACAGAUCUUUUACGCUACCAGUCUUACCCAAGCAAAAUGGAAGGGUUGCCAUUGUGACGGGGGGUACCAGAGGAAUGGGUUUAGCGACAGCGAGACACCUGGCAAUCCUUGGCAUGCAUGUUAUCAUAGCUGGGAACGAGAGAGAAGAGGGCAGAGCCGCCGUUAAGAAUAUUCACGAGGGAGGAUGCGAGGGGAAAGUUGAGUUCAUCUUCGUGGACCUGACCUCCCUGAAAUCAGUGCAACAGUUUGUUCAGAUGUUCAGAGCUAGAGGCCUCCCCCUCCAUGUCCUGGUUAACAAUGCUGGGACCAUGAUGGUUCCUGAGAUGCAGACAGUGGAUGGCUUUGAGUUCCAUUUUGCUCUCAACUACCUGGGCCAUUUUCUGCUCACCAACUUGCUGCUGGACAUCCUGAAGAGGUCGGGACGACGGGGCUGCUGCUCCAGAAUCGUCAACAUGUCCUCCGCUACUCACUAUGCAGGAGUCGUGGAAAUGGAGGACUUAAACAGGAGGGUCUGCUACAGUUCCCAUGGUGCCUACGCUCAAAGCAAACUGGCUCUGGUCCUCUUCACGUACUACCUGCAAGAGCAGCUGACAGCCGGUGGCUUUCCUGUGACCGUCAAUGCCGUGGACCCUGGGAUGGUGGACACAGCGCUUUACAACAACCUGUGGACCCUUGCACAGGCACUGAAGAAGCCAGUGGCCAAGAUACUGUUCAGGACUCCGGCAGAGGGAGCAUCCACCACCAUCUACACUGCAGUCGCCUCUGAGAUGGAGGGAGUGGGGGGCUGUUAUGUGUACAAUGGCCAGAAGACGCAGUCCGCUGACCUUUCCUACGACUCUGAGCUCCAAACCAAGUUGUGGAAGAAGAGCUGUGAGCUUGCGGGCCUUCAGGAGAACUAAUAUCCUUCAGACAGAUGCUCUCUGGAGCCUUUACCUCACUUUAUUAUGUUUGACCGUCCACCUUGAGUUUUUCUCAGGAGCAAAAGCCAAAAACCUUAAAGAGGAACAGUCCUUCGAAAUAUAUGUGUAAAUUUUUGCAACUUAACAUGCAAGUCUAAUCAGGCAAAACAAGUUAAAACAGCUUUAGACUCCAAGCGUGAGCUUGGCUCCAACUUCCUGAUUUCUAGUGGUUGAGAUAAUGUUCUAUCACAGAGGUGUCUAUCAUCAGACCACUGGGAAGGUCCUCCAAAACGUUGGUGUCUUCAUUAUAACAAAGCUGACUUUAUGACAGAGUAGAGUCUGUUUUUCCCAAGAGAGCUUAAUGGUAAGUGUUUCUCCAGUUGAGGGAAUCCAAUCUGACCCCAGACCACCAUGUGUAAUCCUGUGUACACAGUGCAAACUGUGAGUCGUUGUUCAUUUAUAGUGUUACUACACUAAAGGCAUGGUUCGGUUUUCUACCGCUUGAUCGCUUAACUCCUGUUACAUCAUAUAAUCUAAUAUAAAAAAAAGGCUCAGAGCCUCUUCUUUUCUGAUUGGCUCACUGACCUGUUGUUACUAGAGCCCCAGAGAGAAGCCUGAGAGAGAAGAUGUUAAACUACAUUGAGAUGGUUUGUGGUUUUUAAAACUACAAGUAUAUCGAGGCGUCAAGUGGCACAGUGGGUUGAGCAGGCGCCCCAUGUCUAGAGGCUACAGUUCUCGCUGCAGUCGGCCCUGGUUCGAAUCCCUUUACUG